AUGGUCCUCCGCAUCCGUCUCGCCCGCUUCGGCACCAAGGGCAAGCCUGUCUACAACAUCGUUCUCACACAGGCCAAGACCGCACGUAACAGCAAACCUAUGGAAGUCCUAGGCACAUACAAUCCUAUCCCACAAACGCCGCUAGCCACGAGCCACACGCCCGAAUUCACCCCCGAGGGCGAGAAGUUCAAACCUAAGAAAUAUAAAGCCAUCGAGCUGGAUACGGUACGGACGAAAUACUGGUUGGGCGUUGGCGCACAGCCUACUGAGCCGGUCGAGAAGCUACUUUGCAUGCUCGGCAUGAUGGAACGGAAACCGACAUUACUGGAACGCGAAGCCAUAAGAACGCAGAAACAAUCAGCUUAA